ACCUCUGAAAUUGAAAUAACCUAAAAAGUAAAAACUGUUGUGCUUGUGCAAGCAGAUCCUUUUUACAGAGACAAACUAGAAAUACAUGUUACAAGAAUCUCUUCAGAAGCCCUCUAACCGAAAUUUCCUAAACAAUACAGAUUUCAGGAGAUAUAAUGGUUCACUCAGAACAAAAACCAGUGAAGAAACGGAAUCGGGGCCACAACAGAAGAAUUGGUUUCACCGAAGAAAUUGUAACUAGAGAUGUAGCAGAAAAUCUGCUAUCCCAAGAGCCCAAAGGAAAUGAAUCUGAUCCAAAAACAUUUCGGAACAAACUAGAAGAAGACUGUGCAAUCGGUGGGGCUAAAAUCCCACCCAAGAAACCCAAAAAACGAAAACAAAAAGUCUCGAAGGAAGAGGAUCUAGCGGAUAUAAAGGUUGAUGAGGCAGAUGGUUUACAAGCCAAGAAAAAAAAGAGGAAUGAGGAAACUCCUGCUGUAACAAAUAUCGAGGAAAAUGAGGUUGAAAAAUCUGAGAAAUCCUUAUCUAAACGAGCUCUGAAACGAACGAAACAUCAGCAACUGUUAGACCAAAAAAAGAAAGAAUCUGACAAUGAGUCUCAACAGAAAGCUUUAAAUUAUUUGUCCAAAUGGAAACAUGCCAGGUCAGAAUGGAAAUUUGAAAAACUGAGACAGGUUUGGUUAGUUCAGAAUAUAUAUGAUUCUGGCAAAAUAGAUGAAAAAUAUUGGGAAACUCUUAUUGAUUAUUUAAAUAAUUCGAAAGGCAAAGUGCGUGAGAAAGUAAUUAAUGAGGCUAUAAAAAUAAUCGAGAAUGAAGAAAUUGAGUUGAAUGAUCAAAUGAAAUUCAAAAGAGCAAAAGAUAUUGUCCAGUGCCUGCAGUGAGUUUUUUGUUGAGGUCUGAAGUGAGUUUGCCAUUCUCAUUUCAAACUACCAAAUUGUAGAAGAAGUGAGGAAGAGAAUCUUAUAACCAGGCUCUAAUCCCAUAUGGGACUGAACCCCAGUAUCUGAGAGGGCUACAAGGCCUUAUUCCUCCUAUAAUUUUGUUGUCCAAGACAUUCUUUGCACAGGUUUGCAAUGGCCAGGCAUUUUGUAACCAGGUGAACAGGAGUUUCCUCCUCUUCCCCAAAGAAUCUACACUUGUCAGUUUCUGAUGAACCCAUUUUCAUCAUAUUUAUGCUUUCUAAGAACAAUGUGAGGAGGUGUAACUUAUUUUUACCCAGAUCCAAAUACUUCUUGGCAGUUUUAAAAUUCUGGAGGAUUUUUUUGUAAUGAUGCAUUCUUGGAAGAUUCCUACAGGGUUUCUCUUCUCUUCUCCAGAAAUAUUUUCUUAUAGGUGCAUUUUCCUAUACCACAGAAAGGUUUUAGGCCAGUAAAAGGCUCCCUUUCUGGUGAUCAGUUUCUUGGAACGUUAAGAAGAAGCUCAGUUUAAUUAAUCUUCAAAUUAUGCAAAAUUGUUAGUCUCUGUACAAAGCAAGUGUAGAACAAAACCUUGACCAAUAAAAUGGGGUGACCUAUAUUCUAAUUAAGUUAUUGUUAUUUAGGAAGUGAUGUUUGUACAUAAUUUUGUUGAAUAAUAAAAUUACAAAGGUUUUUUUAUAA